GAGGUUGUAAGGCGCUGUCAUCGGCGAAAUUGUUGAGUUCUGUCGAGUUUCUAGGAGCCCUGGAAAUUACCGAUAUUCACCACAACUGUUUUAGCGUUACCGUUUUAAUUUUAUUUUAUUUCAAACACUACCAAUUCGGAUAAUCAACGUUCAAACAUGGCGAGCAGGAGUGGACCUCAGCGUCCAAAUGGAACUGCUCAAACAAAAAUUUGUCAGUUCAAAUUAGUUCUGUUAGGAGAAUCAGCUGUGGGUAAAUCCAGUUUAGUCCUUAGGUUUGUCAAAGGGCAAUUCCAUGAAUUUCAAGAAAGCACAAUCGGGGCCGCUUUUCUAACGCAGACAGUCUGCCUUGAUGAUAUGACUGUCAAGUUUGAAAUAUGGGACACGGCAGGGCAGGAAAGGUAUCACAGCCUUGCACCUAUGUACUACAGAGGUGCUCAGGCAGCAAUAGUAGUUUAUGAUGUCACAAACCAGGACACAUUUGGCAGAGCGAAAACGUGGGUCAAGGAACUACAAAGACAAGCUUCACCAAACAUAGUUAUAGCAUUAGCAGGGAAUAAGUCUGACCUUGCAAACAAGCGCAGUGUCGAGUUGGAAGAGGCUCAGGCCUAUGCAGAAGAGAACGGGCUGCUUUUUAUGGAAACAUCAGCAAAAACAGCAAUGCACGUCAAUGAAAUUUUCUUAGCGAUAGCAAAGAAACUCCCGAAAAGUGACCAAAACGCUGGAAACGCAGCUUCUCAAGGACGUAGAUUGGCAGAGACAGAGACGACAGCCAAAACCUCAUCAUCGUGUUGCAAGUGAUUACUUACACUGAAAAUAGUCAAUAUCACAAAGCUUCGAUGGACAAUAUUCUUGGAUGGUAGUGUACAAAAAAGCCUUCAUUUUUCGAUCAGGGCUUCAGUUGCGAUGAAACUAAAAAACAAAGAGGGUUGUGUUGGUGAUUUGGGCACUAUAUUUAAACAGUACUAUUCCACUUUUUCUUAAAACACAUAAAAAGAAAAUAAUAUAAUAAACACAAGCAAAAAAAAAAGGGGGAAAGUAAAUGAACAGAAAAUAAAUAUAUUUUUUUUAUUUUACUAAUCAUAUUAUUUGGCAAAAAUUUUUAAUAAAAAUCAAUUCAUUCCAUUUUUGUACAUGUAAAGUGUUGUAGGGUAAAAACUUGUGCGUUUUAAAA